UAAAGUGACAAACAUGAGAUCGUUAGGAUCGUUAACCCUCAUAUUCCUCUUAUCCCUCCUCCUACACGCCUCCUCUGCCAUCUCAUUCGGAUAUGGCUCCUCCCAAAAAUCCGCUAAAAACGCCAUCCUCCUCUCCCACGUCAAAUCCCUAACCCUCCGAGCAAACCAACGCACCACCUCCCGCCGAGUCUCUCCAAUCUCCCAACUCACAUGCAUCGGCCCCUCAAAACGAGUAUGCAACCUCUACACCAUCGACGCAAUGCGCUGCACAAACGCAGGCUCCGAGUACGACGAGGAAGACAUCCAAUGGACCUGCACUGCGCCUCUCCCGCCGGAGUUCAAACUGGGUGCUACGGAUGUUAUCUGUGAGGGAUACAGAGAUGCGAAUGAUAAGUGGGUGUUGAAGGGGAGUUGUGGGGUUGAGUAUCGGUUGUUGUUGACGGAUGUCGGGGAGGAGAGGUUUGGGAGGAUGCGGGAUGAGAGUAAUGCGUUGGGUGCGGUGGGGAAUUUGGUUUUCUUUGGGUUUAUGGUGGCUGCUUUUCUAUUUAUCUUGUGGCCUAUGGUUCUGAGUUGCUUUGGUAUACGCAGAGACCGGCCGGAUCAGCGUCGUGGUUGGGGAACGUUCUGGGGUGGUGGUGGUGGUGGUGGUGGAGGACCUGGCGGUAAUGGUGGAUAUCCUGGGCCCCCGCCGCCAUAUUCCAGAUAUCCCGAUCACAGUACUUCCUCGCUGAGUGGCGGCUGGAGACCGGGCUUCUGGACUGGUGCAAUGGGUGGUACCGCUGCUGGCUACGAGAUGGGGAGAAGAAGCGAGAGGUAUGGCUCGCCUUUUGGUGGCCGACGGAUGGGUACGAGAUAUGAUCGUGACCCUUGGGAAGGCAGUUCACGGACUCGUUCAUCGCCGGGGUUCUCAACUACUACUACGGGGACCGGGUUUGGGUCGACCAGGAGGAGGUGAAUCGACAACCAAUGCAUAAGCCAGUCAACAAGUCAAAUAGACAAUAAAACAUGCUGCGCAGUGUAAAAACCAGGUAAAAUCCAAACCAUCC